AUCAUUGCAGAUUAUGAAGCGCUGUGUGCUGACUGUGAGGGGCAGCCCGGCGAAGCACGGGGUGGCCGCUGACUCCCUGCAGGAGCUGCGUGAGAAAGCCUUCAAAGUCCUGAAUGUGGACCCCGCAAAUGAGCCGGUCACUCUGGCCCUGUUGGAAGACGGGACGAUCGUGGAAGACGAGGACUAUUUUCUCUGUUUGCCUGAAGACACGGAGUUCCUAAUCCUUCAAGGAAACAAGAAAUGGGCGCGAACCUCUGUAGAUGGGGGCACGUCGUGGAUGGCCCGAGAGUCGGUAGAGGUGGAUGAAACGGACGGCUCUGACUCUCCGAGGUGGAAGGUAUUGGCCGCACAGCUGAGGGAGAACCUGUCUAACAUCAUUCUGUUGUCAGAGGCGGACUUUCAGUCUCUGAUCGAUGUGGAAACCAAGGAACUCAGCAAAGAGAUGGCCACGUCACUCGCAAAGACGGAAAUGCUGAAGGAUACACUACAACGCCUUCUGGACCGCCGAGAAGAAGAGCGUCAGUGCAAGGAUCUGCUACAUCUCUAUCUGGAGGCUAUGAAGAAGGAUGACGUAGAUGGCCCCCAAUGUUCAGGUGAGGGCUCGGAGAACCAGUUACUUUCUUCCAAUAACAAGAAGAAGGAGACGAGCUGCAAAAUUCAGCUCCCCAGCCACGUACUCCGAAUAUUAAAGGAAAAGAAAUUGCCACAUCUCAGCUUAUCAAACGAGCAGCUGGAAGCUGUUUGCGCUCAGGACCCAGGCGCCCUGUCAGCGGACCUGACCUGCAGCUUACAGGACGCCCAGCAGAUGCAGACAAUGUGCCACGAACAGCUACAGCUGCGUUACGAGCAAGUGCAGUGCAUGGACUCUAUGGCAAGCAUUUCUACGAACAAAAGGAAACAUCAGCCCUGAGGCGGGAUGAAGCCAAA